GAUAAACAGGAGAAGAAUCGCCUGGCAACACCUGCGGCAUCCUCAGCAGAAACAUAUCAACAAAGAAAAAACAGAAUUGAAAAUCCAACUGGGCAGGAAUGAAUGUCACAUAAAAGAACUCACGUAGGGGAGAAACCAAAAAAAUGCAUGUCACCUGAGUACAUGUCAAAUAACUCAUACAGAGGAGAAACUCUAUCUAAGUAUGGAAUAUGAAAAGACCUUCAGCCACAGCAGUAAUCUGAGUUCACAUCAAAGAACUCACACUGGGGAGAAACCAUAUACAUGCAUGGAAUGUGGAAAGAGUUUCAAUAAUAAGAGUAACCUGAGUUCACAUCAAAGAACUCACACAGGAGAGAAACCAUAUAAAUGCAUGGAAUGUGGAAAGAGCUUCAGUUACAGCAGUGGCUUGAGUAUACAUAAAAGAAUUCACAUCGGGGAGAAACCAUAUAAAUGCAUGGAAUGUGGGAAGACCUUCAGUCAACACAGUGAACUGAGUUCACAUCAAAGACGUCACACUGGGGAUAAACCAUAUAAAUGCAUGGAAUGUGGGAAGAGCUUCAGUCAUAGCUCUAACCUGAGUUCACAUCAAAGAACUCACACUGGGGAGAAACCAUAUAAAUGCAUGGAAUGUGGGAAGACCUUCAGUCACAGCAGUCACAUGAAUAGACAUCAAAGAACUCACACUGGGGAGCGACCAUAUAAAUGCAUGGAAUGUGGGAAGAACUUCAGUCAACGCAGUAACCUGAGGUCACAUCAAAGCACUCACACCGGGGAGAAACCAUUUAAAUGCAUCGAAUGUGGAAACAGCUUCAGUUACAACAGUCACCUGAGUAGACAUCAAAGAGCUCAUACUGGUGAGAACCCAUAUAAAUGCAUGGAAUGUGGAAAGAGCUUCAGUAAACGCAGUCAUCUUAUUUCACAUCAAAGAACUCACACCGGGGAAAAACCUUAUAAAUGCAUGGGAUGUGGAAAGAGUUUCACUGACAGCAGUCACCUGAGUAGACAUCAAACAACUCACACUGGGGAGAAACCAUAUAAGUGCAUUGAAUGCGGGAAGAGCUUCAGUCACAGCAGUUCCCUGAGUAUACAUAAAAGAAUUCACAUCGGGGAGAAACCAUAUAAAUGCAUGGAAUGUGGGAAGACCUUCAGUCAACACAGUGAACUGAGUUCACAUCAAAGACGUCACACUGGGGAUAAACCAUAUAAAUGCAUGGAAUGUGGGAAGACCUUCAGUCAACACAGUGAACUGAGUUCACAUCAAAGACGUCACACUGGGGAUAAACCAUAUAAAUGCAUGGAAUGUGGGAAGACCUUCAGUCAACACAGUGAACUGAGUUCACAUCAAAGACGUCACACUGGGGAUAAACCAUAUAAAUGCAUGGAAUGUGGGAAGACCUUCAGUCAACACAGUGAACUGAGUUCACAUCAAAGACGUCACACUGGGGAUAAACCAUAUAAAUGCAUGGAAUGUGGGAAGACCUUCAGUCAACACAGUGAACUGAGUUCACAUCAAAGACGUCACACUGGGGAUAAACCAUAUAAAUGCAUGGAAUGUGGGAAGACCUUCAGUCAACACAGUGAACUGAGUUCACAUCAAAGACGUCACACUGGGGAUAAACCAUAUAAAUGCAUGGAAUGUGGGAAGACCUUCAGUCAACACAGUGAACUGAGUUCACAUCAAAGACGUCACACUGGGGAUAAACCAUAUAAAUGCAUGGAAUGUGGGAAGACCUUCAGUCAACACAGUGAACUGAGUUCACAUCAAAGACGUCACACUGGGGAUAAACCAUAUAAAUGCAUGGAAUGUGGUAAGAGCUUCAGUCAAAGCAGUGGUCUCAGUUACCAUCAAAGAACUCACAGUGGGGAGAAACCAUAUAAAUGCAUGGAAUGUGGAACGAGCUUCAGUCAGAGCACUGCCCUGAAUAGACAUCUAAGAACUCACACUGGGGAGAAACCAUAUGACUGCAUGGAAUGUGGGAAGAGCUUCAAUCACAGCAGUGCCCUGAGUUCCCAUCAAAGAGCUCACACUGGGGAGAAACCAUAUAAAUGUGUGGAAUGCGGAAAGAACUUCAAUCAGAAGGAUAGCCUUUGGUCACAUCAAAAAACUCACACCAGUGAGAUAUCAUAUAAAUACAUGGAUUGUGGAAAUGGCUUCACUCAGUACAGUGACCUGAGUUCACAUCAAAGAACUUAUACUGGGGAGAAACCACAUAAAUGUGUGGAAUGUGGAAAGAGCUUCAGUUACAGCACUGCCCUGAGUAGACAUCAAAGAACUCACACUGGGGAGAAACCGUAUAAAUGCAUGGAAUGUGGAAAGAGCUUCAGUCAGACCGGUCACUUAAGUUCACAUCAAAGAACUCACACUGGGGAGAAACCAUAUAAAUGCAUGGAAUGUGGUAAGAGCUUCAGUCAAAGCAGUAACCUUCAUUCACAUCAAAUAAUUCACACCGGGAGGAAACCAUAUAAAUGCAUGGAAUGUGGGAAGAGCUUCAGUCAAAACAGUGGUCUCAGUUACCAUCAAAGAACUCACAGUGGGGAGAAACCAUAUAAAUGCAUGGAAUGUGGAAAGAGCUUUAGUCACAGUAAUGCCCUGAGUUCACAUCAAAGAACUCACACUGGGGAGAUACCAUAUAAAAGUGUGGAGUACGGAAAGAAUUUCAAUCAGAAGGGUAGUCUUCGGUCACAUCAAAGAACUCACACCAGUGAGAUAUCAUAUGAAUACAUGGAAUGUGGAAAUAGCUUCACUCAGAGCAGUGACCUGAGUUCACAUCAAAGAACUUACACUGGGAAGAAACCACAUAAAUGUGUCGAAUGUGGAAAGAGCUUCAGUUACAACACUGCCCUGAGUAGACAUCAAAGAACUCACACUGGGGAGAAACCGUAUAAAUGCAUAGAAUGUGGUAAGAGCUUCAGUCAGACCGGUCACCUGAGUUCACAUCAAAGAACUCACACUGGGGAGAAACCAUAUAAAUGCUUGGAAUGUGGAAAAAGCUUCAUUCGGGGCAGUGCUCUAAAUUCACAUCAUAGAACUCACACUGGUGAGAAACUGUAUAAAUGCAUGCAAUGUGGAAAGAACUUUAGUCAUACCAGUAAUCUUAGGUCCAUCUAAAAAUUCACACUGGGGAGAAAGCACAGAAAUACACAGAAUGUAAACAGAGCCUCAUUAAGACCAGUUAUCUUUUUUCAAAUGCAAUCAUAUCAAUGCAUUGAAUGUGGACAGCCAAUAGACCAAUAGCCUUACUUGUGGUUGUUGUGGGUUUUUCGGGCUUCUUGGCUGUGUUCUGAAUGUGGUUCCUCCUAACAUUUCGCCAGUA